AUGUCCCGAUCUGCCGCGGACGCAACGCGGUUCACGGCCACCGGGCCAUACGCCAGCUCCAAGCCCAACGGCACACCCUACAAUCUCCCAGAUUUCAUGAAGUCGAACGAUAAAUCUUCAAAGACCAAGCAAGCGCCUCAGCCCGGCCCUGAUGGUACCCCCGAGACUCCGAAGCAGAAGGUGGCACGACUCCGAGCACAGGCACGGGCUGCUCGGAUGGCUCAGUCUUCAUCUGGCGUGGAUCGGUGGAUCGAGCUUGGACGGCGAUUCGCAAACAAGGCGCACAAGGGCAUGGUUUACUCAUUGAUUGCCGCAUCGGGUGUCUGUGGUGUCCUUACAGUUUACUCGAUGGUCUCGCUGACAAUGUACAACCGCCGCCAACGCACACUCUGGAUCGAGAAGGAGAUCGAAACCCUCAACCAGGCUCGCAUCGCGCAGGCCAACGGAACCGCAAAUGAAGAGCAGCUCGAGCUUAUCAAGAAGGAGGAGAUUGGGGCCAUCCUGAAACGGAACCGUGAGGAGGAGAAGGCACAGCGCCCGUGGGCCAAGGCGAAGCGAUUCCUGUUCGAGAAGAUGAACAUGGAGGAUACCGGUGCACCGGCUGUGCAGACUAUCGCCACUGCAUCAUCGAUUGAGGGCGAGUCCAGCAUAAUUGAGGCUGCCGAUGCGAAGAAGGCUUUUGCCAAUGCCUCUGGGCCGGGCCAGCUGGACGUGAUUGCCGAGAACGCAGAGCAGGCUACGAAGGAAAAAACCAAGGGCUGGGUUAGCUGGAUGACUGGCCGAUAG